AUGGGGUGUGGUGCGUCAGCAGCUCCAUCAGAGGCCCCACCCUCGGGGACAAAGGAAAAGGGGGACGUCAUAGCAGACCCGAAACCACGGAUAAGUUUCAAACAGUCCGUCAACAGGGUCAAGCUCAUAGGAAAACUUCAGACACUCAGAACAAAACGGAAGCGGAAACCAUCCAUCGCGACGCUUACACUAAAUGUCAACAUGAUAACAACGGUGAAAGAAAAAAUCCGGAAUAUCCGUCAAAGGUUUAAGGCGCCCCCAAGUCCUGUCAUAUUGGGGGUCAUUGAUACGGAAGUGACGUCAUCUGCUAAAAUUGUGCGGGUUUUCAUCAGUAGCACAUUCAAAGAUUCGGUAGAGGAGAGAAACAUACUGAUCGAGGAGGCGUAUCCGGAACUGAAGUCUUUUUGUCAGGCCCGGGGGUACGAUUUCCAGGUAGUGGACAUGCGCUGGGGGGUGAGGGACCAGGCUUCCGAUGACCAUAGUACCACAGACCUCUGUCUCAAGGAAAUUGAUUUGUGCCAAAAAUUGUCGACAGGACCAAAUUUUCUGUCCUUUGUUUCACAUCGGUAUGGAGCCCCACAGCUGCCUCGUCAGAUCGAGGCUGAGGAGUUCGAGAAAAUGGUCAGCAAUAUUGACGAAGACGCUUCUGAAGGGAAAGAAUUACUGACAAGAUGGUACCUUCGUGAUGAGAACAGAGUACCAGUGACCUACAUUCUGUCACCAAUAAGUCGUCAAAUUCCGGACUUUUUCGGCAAGAACGAAGAAGAAACGACGCUGCUUGCUAAGCAACGAUGGCUAAGGGAAAAAGCGGCCAUGCUGGAAAUGCUUCAAGAUCUGGCUCAGAAAUAUUUGUCACCCAGCGAGUGUGAAAAAUACGAGAUAUCAGUGACGGAGAAAGAAACGGCAGUGGGGCUUAUAGACACCCCGGCCCCCGGGAAACACUGUCUGUGGUUCCGGCGUAAUAUAACGGAUAUUGAGGAUCAGCCGCCAAGUGAUCUGUUGGAGAGAUACAUGGUUCAUUUUUGCAAGUCCUAUAACAUAUUCAAUCUUUCUUUCUCGGCUCUAGAAUGUAAGGGACCAGACACAAAAUGGCAGGCGGCUCGAGAGUCCUUAAGGAAACUGAAAGACGAGAAGAUGCCACUAGUAUUACCGCCGCAAAACCUGUUCACCUACGAUAUCAAAUGGACGGAAACAGGUAAAUGUGUGGAUAAGAAUAAUCCAGAGCACUGGCGAUACCUGAAGAAGCUGACAUCAGACCUCGUGACCAGAAUGAAGGAGAUGAUACUGGACGGUAUCAUAAAUCAGUCCCCGAACAACCGUGACGUCAUGCUGGUCGAAUGCUCACAACACCUGUCAUUUGCAAGAAAGAAGUGCAACAUUUUCUACGGUCGGGAGGAAAUUUUAGCGAAAGUUCGAGAUUUCCUUAGCAACAAAUCAAGAAGGCUUUUAGUGAUCCAUGGAAAAUCUGGGUCAGGUAAAAGCUCGAUUGCUGCCAUGACAGUCAAGCACGCGAGGACAUGGAUGUCGUCUAAAAAUGCUGCCGUUGUUAUUAGAUUUCUCGGUACGACGGCGACUAGCUCUACAAUCCUAAGUCUUCUACAAAGCGUUGUAAAACAGGUGAAGACAAUAUACCGACAGAAUCCCUCUGUAUCACAGAAUCCAAAGGCAUUGAUGAAGGAAUUUGAAAACUGUCUAAAAAUGGCCAAAGCUGACCGCCCCCUUGUGGUCAUUUUGGACAGCCUUAACCAACUUGACACUGAAAAUUCCGGACAUAAACUUGAAUGGCUAACCCUGACUAUGGAAAAUCUUCCCCACGUGAAAAUCGUUCUGACCACGCUGGACGAUGACUCAAAUGGGACUCUUGGUCGACUUAAGGAUAAAUACACCGGAAGUGAAAGUUACAUCAGCAUACCAGAACUUCCAGCAAAAGAUACGGAGGGAAUAGUACAGCAAUAUCUCAACCAACGAAACCGGAAGUUGACUGCUGACCAAAUGACGUACUUCCUGUCGCACAUGAAGUCGUGUGCGAUCCCACUUUACUUGAAGCUGUCGUUUAAUGAAGCCUGCAAAUGGCAUUCAUACACACCAAGUGAUGAAAUGAUGCUUCAAGCCACCAUAGAAGAAAGUAUUAAACAUUUCUUUUCUCACCUAGAGCGAAAACACGGGAAGAUCUUCGUCUUCAAAGGUCUUGGAUACUUAACCGCAGCACGUCUCGGCCUGUCAGAGCCGGAGCUGGAGGACGUACUAUCUUGCGAUGACGUCGUCCUUAGCGACAUCUACCAAUACUGGACACCGCCCGUCAGACGUCUUCCGCCAUUACUGUUCGUCCGGCUUAAGAUGGACAUUGACGAAUACCUUGUGGAGCGGGGUGUGGAUGGAACACGUGUUCUGUUCUGGUACCAUACGCAGUUCUUGGAUGUGGCCCGUGACCGGUAUUGUGAAACCGAGGCUGUUAGACGACAGCUUCACGAGGCGCUCGCCGAGUAUUUCAGCGGGAAAUGGGCGGACAAAAAGGAGAAAGCUUACAAUGACAGAAACGGAGAAGAGCAAAGGGCAGAUCGUUUGGUGAAAUCUCAGCCAAUCAUAUUGGGCGACACAUACAACCUUCGGAAACUCAACAAUCUACCUUACCACUGGGCGAGUGCUAAUCACGUGCAAGAACUGAAGAAGGAAUGUUUGAUAAACUUUUCCUUCUUGCAGGCGAAACUCAAUGCGACCUCCAUUGGGAAUAUCCUGAAUGACUACCAGCUGGCUAUGUCCACCUUCCCAGAUGACCAAGUGAUUCAGCUCGUUGCCAAGGUGAUGCAGUUGUCGCAGGCUGGACUGCGGGCUGAUCCUGUACAGCUGGCGACACAGCUGCUGGACAGGUGUGAUAAAGAACAGCACGGAAAAAUUGUUGACUUGUUGAAAGAUUGUGCCAGCUUCCCCGGGUAUACCUUGGUAGCAGACAAGCGGCUACUGACCAAAGCAGACGAACAAAUUCCAGCCGUCUUCACUCACGAGAGUACGAUCACCGGGAUGGAUAUGACUGUCAACGGCCGUAUCCUCGUCACAUGUGAUGAAAACCAUACAAUCAAAUUCUGGAAUUUAAGGGAGAAAAAUUUCAUCAAAGGAUUCACUGAUGUCGUCAAGGACAUUUCCGAUGUCCACUUCGUUUCCCAUGACCAUUGCAUUCUUGUCGAGCACAACAAGAAAAGCCGCUUGACCACUCUGAAUGCCAACGGUAAAAUCCAAGGUCAGAUUGACGUGGAUUUCUGCUUUACCCUUGGUGGACCUGGUAAAAGCCUGUUGCUAACAGCAAAAGGAUACAUGUUUCAAGUCUUUGAUGCAGAAAUGUUAACAUUUGUGAAAGAGAAAAAGUCGCCAAAGAGCGCUGUUCUUGGAUAUUGUCUUACAGCUAACGAGCAUAAGGCCGUUAUAGGGCUUGGAGGUCAAAACAAGGUCAGGAUUAGUGUCCUUGACCUCAAGACGAUGGUGUUCACGCAACAGAAAGAGCUACCUGUAAGGAGCAUGCAUGGUAGCGAGGAUGACAGUGAUGAAGAUAACGUAUCCUCGAUUCACCUGACACCUAGCGGCCGACACCUAGUCAUGACGACAGAGGGCGACUCGGGGUUUAUUGUGUACAAGAUGCCAUCGCUCAAAGAAUUGUACCGCAUUCCAGGUAACAAGGAUGAAUCACGAUGGGACUUCCAUUUUGGUGCAAUGGGACAUUCACUAUAUUUUCUGACCCUGGCCGAGUUCAGUCUCUCCUCAAUACAGACGCUGGACGUCCGUUCAGGGGAGAUAAACACUGUUUUGUACACAACCGCCAGUCGCGUUCGUACCCACAGAGCGAGUGUUCUGGUGACGGGCGGGUUCGAUGGUGUCGUCAAGAUGUGGGACCUAGCUGGGCUCAAGGUGAACACUCGGUCGGUGGCCGGAGAGAAAGGAUUCCGGAUUGAAAAUCUAAGACAGCUUCAAGACACACGAUACGCCGUCAGUCUAUCGACACUGGAAAAAAAGGGGGAGCAACUCCUACAGGUCUAUGAUAUAGUACAGAAAAAGGUGGUCCGCCAAACGCUUGUGGGUAAACAAGACAAGAUGAUAGAAUGUUGCUGCGACCACCACGUAGUCAUGGAAACCAAAGACAAGAACAUAAAGAAACUGAAGAUAGUUGACCUUGACACGAUGAACGUCACCUUGGUAUUCCAAGGUCGUCUGAACAACCGUAUCUCGAGUGUUCACGUUCUCCAUGACAGAAACGAGGUACUGGCGCUAUCUCAAGGCAGACGGUCACUGAAGACAUACGACUUGAACAGCGGGAAAACAAAACAGAUUCUCAAGCCUCCGGAGGAUAUUGACUGGGCCCAGUUCACACAAAUGAUAUGCUACACUGACAACAAGGUAGUAGCAAGUAUGACGUCAACUGGAAUCGUCGUAUUUGACCUCAUGACGUCAUCAAUGAAGUGCAUCAACGCCUCUGAGUUAGACAUUUCCGACGAGGAUGCCAUUGCCGGAAGUUGGACGCGGAUCAGUAAAGACGCCAAAUUUAUCGCCAUCCGAUGCGAACGGAAGUUGCCGACCAUUUCCAAAGAUGUCUCCGUGGAAAUGACAGCAUACCUCAUCCACAUCUGGGAUAUUCAGAAUUGGAAGUACAAUGGGUUUAUUUUUGAGGAUCCGAUGUAUUACGAGAUUAUAUCUCGUCUGGACGAGAAGACGGAGUUCUUUUCUGACUUCCUGUUUCUGGACGAUUUCAGGAUUGCCACCAUCUUCGACCAACACAAAGGGGAAAUACUCAUUUGGGAUUCGAAUAAAAAUGAGUGUCUGGAGCGAUUGUCCAGCAGUAUCACUCCGGACGCUGACCUGUACACUAUCGACGUCAGUCCAUACCUACUGGUCUACAAUCUGGCUAACCUCGAGGUUUGGGACAAGUCCAGUAUGAAGCGACUUGCCAGUAUGACGACAGACUAUGACGUCCACUUCUCCGAGCUGACUAAAGAUGGCUUAAGUGUUCUCGGCUGCAAAGAGGUGCCCGUCGAAAUUAUACACUGGACGCUGCAGAAGGGAGGCAACCCAGUUUAUGACAUGAGCAAAAAGCCGAUCCUCUUUGAGGGAGUUCGUAACGAUUUGACCUUGAACCUCUCAGUUGACGACGAGAGUGACUCGGACUUCAGUGACCCGGAUAUCGAUAUCGACGAUUCGAGCGACGAUGAUAAAGAUUCCGACGUCGAUGACAAAGAAAAACUAGCAAAAAUAGACGAGUUGGAGGAUUUGUUCAACAAGUCGUCCAAACCUUCUCUGACGGACGAUGAUAAGUGGCAAGCGAUGAGAACACAGUCGGAUGAAAACGUCAAUGAUAAAAGCGAUUUACAUCUUACCGACGAUGACAGAAAAAACCAAUCGAACACUGGCCAAAAUUCUGACGCUUCUAAAAAUGUUGAAAGUCCUCUGAUUAAAAACGUGGACAAAGUUUUAAAAGAAACCUCGGUAACUGUCACACCAAAAGAUGAUUAUCGUUCAAUCGAUGAUAACGCCGAUAAAUCGACGAUGAAGCAUGUAAAAGAUGAAAAAGAUAAGUCCAGAUCGGGUUCCACGUCGCCCCUCCCUUCACUGGAGACCUAUGAAUAUGGGAACGAUUCUGACGCGUCAGUUUUCUGAGGAAAAUCCUUCCAAUUGUCAACUUACAGAUAUGUCUGGGAAAUAGAGGAUCGUACGUGAGGGUCCAUGUCAUAUCGAAUUUAUUGAAGUUUAGUAAAUUCAAUAUAACAUGGACACGAAUGUAAAAUUAUAUUGAUCACAUUAUGUUCAUUAUUUGAAGAAACUUGGAAAGACAAUUAUGCGUUACAUUGUAUCAGCUGACUCUAUAUAUAGGUCAAAACCAAAGUACUCCGAUCAUAGUAUGGUCAUUCCGCGCAGUGCUAAGUAGUUCCAGAUUAUGGUUUUUAAUAAUGAACAGUUUCAAACGCUAUGAAAAUAAUAUAGACAAAGUAAACAUUUCAAAUUCAUUUAAUAGCAAACAAACGAAAGUAAUAAAAAGUAGUACCUGUAGUUGCGUAUGAAUAUGUUCCAACUGACCUUUGACCAAUCGUAGCACGUUUGGGUUUCAUAACAUGUGUGUAUUACCAUUUUUAUGACGUAGCCAUAUGGCAUAGUAAAAUGGGUCAGUUAUAUGAUAAUUCAGCUAAUGAUGUGCCAAACACUGCGUAUUUGGUUUAUGUUCUAAAUAAUGUGAUUUGUGAUGUGAAACUUGUGAUAAAUAUUUUUAAAA